AAGCGGCGCUGGGGAAGACGAGAGGGAAGAGGACGAUCCAGUUCGGGUUUCUCUUUAGGAAGCAAAGCAGUAAGCCGGCCAUGGACUUUGGGGGCCUGGAAACCGUGGUAGCCAACUCGGCCUACGUGUCGGCUCGCGGGAGCAUGGACGCCACCGCCGCCACCGCCAUGCGCGACAAGAGGAUGCGCGCCAGGCUCAAGCUGCCCCAUAUUAAGCAGUGCGAGGACCUGAAGACCACUCUGGACAUGAAGUUCUGCAGCAUCUGCAUCCAGCAGCCCAUUGGAAGGCGCCUCUUCCAGCAGUACCUGGAUGAUAGCGAGGUCCACAAGGCCGCCGGCGACCUCUGGAAGGACAUUGAGGACUACAGCAUCUCACAGGAGAGGGACCGUGUGCAAAAGGCCCAGAAGAUCGUCAACAAGUACUACGACUCAACCUCCAACACCUUCUGCAGCUUCCUGGAGGAAAAAGCCAUCAUCCGGGUCAAGGAGGACUACAGAAACAUCCGUGGCGAUCUGUUCAAGGAGAGUGAGGAACAACUCUUGAACCACCUGGAGGCCCAGGCCCUUCAGGGCUUCAAAGACAGCAUGUUCUUCUUACGCUACGUGCAGUUCAAAUGGCUGGAGAGCCAGACCGUCACAGAGGAGUGGUUUAUGGAUUUCCGGAUGCUGGGAAAAGGGGGAUUUGGGGAGGUAUAUGCCUGCCAGAUGAAGGCUACAGGUAAGAUGUAUGCCAACAAGAAGCUCAACAAGAAAAGGCUGAAGAAGCGGAAGGGCUAUGAGGGUGCCAUAGUGGAGAAGAGGAUUCUGGAGAAAGUGCAGAGUCGCUUCAUAGUGACGCUAGCCUACGCCUUUCAGACCAAGCAAGAGCUCUGCCUGGUGAUGACCAUCAUGAACGGGGGAGACCUCAGGUAUCACAUGUACAACGUGGAUGAGAAGAACCCAGGCUUUAGUGAGACCAGGGCCUGCUUCUACACAGCGCAGAUCAUCUGCGGCCUGGAGCACCUGCACCAGCACAGGAUCGUCUACAGGGACCUGAAGCCGGAGAACGUGCUGCUGGACGAUGCAGGUCAUGUGCGCCUCUCUGACCUGGGCCUGGCGAUUGAGCUGCCACCAGACAAACAUAAAACGAAGGGGUAUGCAGGCACACCAGGCUUCAUGGCUCCCGAGCUGCUGCAAAACCAGGAGUAUGAUUACAGCGUGGACUAUUUCACCCUGGGGGUGACACUGUUCGAGAUGAUCGCCGCCAAGGGGCCCUUCCGGAGUCGGGGCGACAAGGUGGACAACGACGAAGUGACCCGGCGCAUCCUGUCAGACCCAGUCUCGUACCCAGACAGCUUCAGCGGCGAGUGCAAGGACCUCUGCGAAGGCCUGCUGGAGAAAGACCCAGAGAUGCGUCUUGGCUUCAAGAACAACAGCUGUGAAGUGCUGAAAGACCAGCCCUUCUUUGCGGAGAUCAGCUGGGGCCGGCUAGAAGCAGGUUUACUGACACCUCCCUUCAUCCCCGACCCCAAGAUGGUGUACGCCAAGGACAUUGAAGAAGUGGGAGCCUUCAGCACCAUCAAGGGCGUGAUGCUCGACCAGAAGGACGUCGACUUCUACAACGAGUUUGCCUCGGGGAGCAUCCCCAUCCCCUGGCAGGAGGAGAUGAUCGAGACGGGCGUGUUCGGCGAGCUCAACAUCUGGGCAGAGAAGGACAAGCUACCCAGUGACUUGGACCCCGAUUUCAUGGAGGUUAAGGGCGGAGCUUGUGUGCUGCUCUGAAAGGAUUGUGGACCUCGAUAGAAAGGAGAACAAAGAUUAACAAGUGCGGUCGACAAGUGAUGCUAACGGGUUUGAUGCAACUUGGCUUUACUCCUUCUUGAUCUAUGUAAUUAACUCUCUAAA